AAAGAGCGAGCGAGCUGGAGGGAGAGAGCCAGAGCUAGGCGCUAAAGAAGGGCCAGAGCAUUACAUCAUCACUUGGCCUGGAAUCAAAUGGGAAGGAUAUGACUCACUCAAGCUAGUUAAGCUUUGGCUCAAAUUCUACACACACUCAUUCCAGAGCGCUCAUGUUCUGCACCUCAGGAGGGAAUUCAGCCUCAGUGAUGUCCAUGAGGCCUGUCCCAGGCUCUCUAUCUUCUCUGCUACAUCUCCACAACAGACAGAGACAGCCCAUGCCAGCCUCCAUGCCUGGGACCCUGCCCAACCCUACAAUGCCGGGAUCUUCUGCCGUCUUGAUGCCAAUGGAGAGACAAAUGUCAGUGAACUCCAGCAUCAUGGGGAUGCAAGGUCCAAAUCUCAGUAACCCCUGUGCUUCUCCCCAAGUCCAGCCAAUGCAUUCAGAAGCCAAAAUGAGGCUGAAGGCUGCAUUGACUCACCACCCUGCUGCCAUGUCCAACGGGAAUAUGAACACCAUGGGACACAUGAUGGAAAUGAUGGGCUCCCGGCAGGACCAGACACCACACCACCACAUGCACUCACACCCGCAUCAGCACCAGACGCUGCCAGCCCACCACCCCUACCCGCACCAGCACCAACACCCAGCACACCACGCUCACCCUCAGCCCCAUCACCAGCAGAACCACCCACACCACCACUCGCACUCCCACCUUCAUGCACACCCAGCACAUCACCAGACCUCGCCGCACCCGCCCCUGCACACCGGCAGCCAAGCACAGGUUUCACCAGCCUCGCAACAGAUGCAGCCAACCCAGACCAUACAGCCACCCCAGCCCACAGGGGGACGCCGGCGAAGGGUGGUGGAUGAAGAUCCCGACGAAAGGCGGCGGAAAUUUCUGGAACGGAACAGGGCCGCUGCCACCCGCUGCAGACAGAAGAGGAAGGUCUGGGUGAUGUCACUGGAAAAGAAAGCAGAAGAACUCACCCAGACAAACAUGCAGCUUCAGAAUGAAGUAUCUAUGCUGAAAAAUGAGGUGGCCCAGCUGAAACAGUUAUUGUUAACACAUAAAGACUGCCCAAUAACAGCCAUGCAGAAAGAAUCACAAGGAUAUUUAAGUCCGGAGAGUAGUCCUCCCGCAAGUCCUGUCCCAGCUUGCUCACAGCAGCAGGUCAUCCAGCAUAACACCAUCACUACUUCCUCGUCAGUCAGUGAGGUGGUGGGAAGCUCCACCCUCAGUCAGCUCACUACUCACCGAACAGACCUGAAUCCAAUCCUUUAAAAUGCACGGGUCAGACCUUGCCUCCAAGAAGAGCUGUAGCAUACCAUGCACCCUUUCUCCUAAGGGCAUUUUUAGAAUUAACUCAGAGCUGGAAGACUCCUCAGCCCUUCAAAGACUGGCUUUCAUUUUUAUAGUUACUAUGGAAAUGUUGUCUUUUAUACUUAGUUAUAUAAGAAAAAAAAAGGGAGUUAUGCAAUUAAUAUCUGUCGGCUUGGGAAACGCUUUGGUGCUUUUCUCCAAUUUUCUGGUACCAGUUACUUGUUUAUAAACGGAACCUCUUCUGUAUAUAGCCAUGGUUUCCUUCUUAUCAGUCCAGCCCUUUGUCUGAAACAUUGACUCUUGUUAAAACACAGCUUUUAGCCAAAAUGAGGCAUACCUAGAUGUCAAGUGAGACUGAUCAAGGUAACUGGGUAGGAAAUCUGAUGACGUCAUAACUCAUGUUGAGCUUGCGCUGUGACAUCACCAGAAUCCCAGAUUAAACACACAGCCUUUCUGCAACUGUUUCUGUCUUACCAGAAAACAAAUUAGAAGAUCCACCCACGUCCUAAUAAAACCACCAAGCACCUCCCCUCCUCUCCUCUUCUCUUGGUCCACUUGCUCAAAUGCCCAAUUUCCCUCUCUAUUUACACUUUAUCUUGGGCUCUUGUCUUCAUUUUAACCUUCUUCUGUUUUAUGUUUUUCCCCUUUAGCAUUACAUGUGAAGAAAAAAAUUAAUGUUUAAAGAAAAGAAAAAGCAAACCUCAAAAAUAUGGACUUAGCCAUUGCUUCAUUUGCCUGUAACCCACAGCUGGAGUUCAUUCAAUUCUCACUUUUUACAAAAUAAUAACCAGGAGAUGUUUAAUGUGCCUGAUUUAAGGUUUUUAAUAAUCAGAGCAAAUAAAGGUGGUUUAGUUAUAGGUGAAGCACUGUUGAAUGCCAGCUGUGGAGACAGUAGGAGAGGGAGAUUUGUAAGCCCCAAUUGUGAAAGUCCAAAUUAUGUUGCGGGGCUAUAACAUCACACCCUAGAAUUACAACUGGUUUUAUACAACCUGUCUAUAAUGUUGAAAAUCCAUGCACUAUAUAAUAAUUCAGAAGGGCUCUAUUCACUACACAGAUUACAUUGUUCAAUCAUCAGCUGCUAAUAGCCUAAGAUUUAUUAUUAUUAUUUUUUUUUCUUAAGCCUAUAGAACUAGCUCUGCUGUUCUGGUGGAUGAAAGCAGACUCACUCCUGUAGAAAGCAAGCCCAGUAUUUCCCUGGGGUGCUCUCAGCUCCCAGAACAGUCACGGCACUCUGUGGCUGCUGACGGAAUCCCAUGGAUAUAAGUGGCACAGGCUGCUCACUCCACCCUUCUGAAUAAUUCUGAUUUAUAUGUUCAACAGCUUACGUGAACUUGCCCAUUAUAAAAAUAAAAAAAGAAAAAAUUUAAAAAAAAAAAACAGAUAGGACCCAAACCACAGUCGUGCCUCCUUGGAACAAGCCAUUCUACUGUGCUCAUGUUUAAUAUUGCAUUUCACAAAUAAUAGGGGCUAGUGUUUCUCUCUAGCAGUCUAGGCAGGUGCUGGUGUUUCAUCUCCAUUUGAAUGCUUGACCUCCGUGUGUGUGUGUGUGUGUGUGUGUGUGUGUGUGUGUGUGUGUGUUUCUGUAUGGGUUUUAAAACCAACAGUAUUUUACAAAAAGUGUCACUUUUAUAAGAAUUCAGAAAAGGGAAGGAUGUGGCUUUUUUUUUCUCUCACCAUAGUUUAAGAAUCUAUUUUGGAGAAGAAAAAAAAAAGGAGAAAAUAUGAGGACCAUGAAGCAUGAUUUUUAUAACUAGUUCCAGUUUUAUCUAAUAACUUACUUUUUAAAUCAAUAUUUAUCAACAAUCUUUCCAUGUAUGCAGUGCUUUUGAAAGAUGGUUUUGAGGGUUCAGUACAACUUAGGACUUGGAUAUAUGGUCUAAGAAUCAGAACAAAUACAAAAAGAAAAAAGAAAAAAAAAUGAAAAAAAGAAAAGCAUAAAAAUAAUGCAAAUGAAAAGGAUUUUCUGUUAUAUUUUAGAGAAACAUAUCAUUUUCAAGUAUUUUAAAUACUGCAUUCAUAGUUAUGUUUUUUUUUUCCAACAGUAACAAUGGUUUAACCUGACUGGCUUCUUAAGAAAUGUUUAAGAUUUAGUUUUAAAAAGAAGUUAACAUUUGUAUUGCUGUUUUGAAAUCAAAAAUAUUUUUUUUUUUUAGAAUUCCUUCCUAAUACUAUCUAUAUGUCCUCCUCCCCCCAGCACACAUGAAAAAGGAAAAGAAGGAACUGGAAUGAUUGGGGUUUGGGGGGUAUUUUUUAAAAAUUUUCAUUUUGUUUUGCUUUAAGUAAACAAAAACUUUCUUUUCUUUUCUGAUGCAUAGCACUUAAUGAAAUGGAUUUUUAAAAAAUCCAUUAGUAAUAUCAAUGCCCAGGGAGUGACCUGUCACUAAAAUUAUGAUUUAGUUACUUCUCUUGAUUGAAAUAUUUAGUUGUUAAACUGAAAGCCUUUGCAGUUAAGAACUUGCCUGAGUUUGCUUAAUUCAGCAACUCGACAGUUUGACUGAUGUGCAUUAUUUAUAGCUCAAUUAUGUCUGUUUUUUAUGCUAAGUAGGCAAACCAACCACACACGUUAGCAAACCCGCCUCAACGUAUAAUUAGAGUAAACUGCCUUCUUGUUAGAUGCAGGGCCUUUAGGUAUGUUCAUUCACAGUAUGGAAAUACAGUAAAUGGGAAAUGCCAGCUAGCUGCCAGUGCUUGAGAUCCCAAACAGAAAGAUUCACUGGUCACAUCCAGCAUUUGGCAUACCAAUAGUCAGGACUUCACCUAAAGGCAGAGCCUUCACCAGAUCACAAAUCUUGCCAAUCUAUGAAAACAUUUUUUAAGCCAGUUCUCUCUCCAGCCAUGUAGACAUUUUUACCAGUCAGUGAAAAUGGCCUUCAGAGCGCCAUCCUGGGGAGGAAAGGUCCCUGCAGCGCUGCCUCUCAUUUGUGUGUGGCUUUCUUCAUAGGCUGGAUCUGCCUUGGAAGCCAUUGCCAGCUUACUGGAAACUUCUACAGUGCCUCCCCUGCCUAAUGUGCUGGGGCUAACAACUUAGUACACCUGAAAGCAUUUCUACUUGAUGAUGAAUCCCCACCUAAGUGGAGGUUUCUGCAUCUGAAUUGUUUGUUCUUGACACAUUUCUCCAUCUAAGAUGGCUGGGACAGGGACAGUAGAAGUCCCAGCCAUGGAUGAAUGUAUUAAUUUCAAAGCCAGGUGUCAAGUCUGAUGUUUUCCCUUUGCACUCAUACCCUCCCCUCGUGGUGCAUGCAGGUCACCUCACCGUCUCAGCACACCCUGAGGGAGACAAGAGGCUUAUGUGCCGCCAAGGCAUAUGUUAUAAAAAGUAGGGUGACUUAGAGCAAAUGCCCUUUGGUAGCUCAUCUAGUCAAUGAAAUAAAGUGCAGUGCCUGUUCCCAGAGAGAGGUGUCAACGGACAAUAUUCAGGUAGUUGUUGCCUGUUAGUUAAGCAAAUUUUAGUAGAUUAGUUGAGUUUGUCAUUAAAGUCCUAAACCAGCUACAGUAAAAGACCAGCCUUUGGUCUUUUAAGCAUCAGUAACUGCUAUAAAACUAGCCAUCCAGUUAGAAUAGAAUGUGCUUCUUUCUGAUUAAUUAAAACCAUCUAAGAAAGUGUAUAUGUAUGUAUGUGUGUAUACAGUGGAAUUCAAGGACCAAAGCAAAAUUUGAACAGGAAUCUAUUAAUUUAGAAUUUUAUAAGAUAUUUAUUAAUAAAUGUUAUUUUUAAACAUUCCAUUUGAACAGUAUUCUUCUGUAGGACCUACUUGUUUUUAAAGUAUUAGUCCAUAAUGAACUACCCUAGUUGUGUGUUUUUUUCAUUUUUCAGGGUUUCAAAUGGCUGUUCACCAUCAUUUGGUGGAAACGUUUGCUUAGAUCUCUGUGCAUAGAUAUUUCGAGGAUUUGUAUUGCUCUGUGAGUUAUUUUUAAAUCUACAUUCUGAACCAUUUCUUUUUAACAUUUAUUUCUUCUUUUCAUUUUUUAAAGUAAGCUCUUUAAUUUAGGAAGCAGAGUUUUGCUAAAGGGAAUCAGUAACUAUAACUGGAACAGCUUUCUUGUAAAAGUGCAAAAACAGCUUCAUCUCUGAUUCUCUCCCCAUCUCCCAGAAGGCCUUGCACUGCUCAGCCUCCUUAGAGCUUCCCACCCCUUCCCAAACAAGAUGCAGCAGCUUUAAGCCAUUCAAGCCCCAUUGUGCAGUGUAUCUGAGAAGGGAAAGGAAACAACCCAUUUACAUUUGAAUAAAACCGUGCCUAUGCGAACAGGAGCAAUUUAGAAUCUCUUUUCUGCUUUUAAAAUAAUUUAUAUUUUAAAAUUGCACUUUAGCUUUUUUGAUUCCUUUCCAUUUCUCUUGUUCUCUUUCUAACCUCUUCCCUAUCUUUAAACUUGCCUUUGCUCCCCCCCUUGAGGAUUCCUCCACCCUUCUUCUAAGGCUCUGAGCUGCGUCAUUUAAAAUACUUUACAGAAUAUUUGCACCAGGUACAUUUGUGAGCAUUCGUGAGUAGCAUAGCUAAGACGUGUUUCUCACACCAGCCUAGGUGAAGCCUGCUACAAGAAUGCCAAGAAGAGCCAGUACACUAUAGGUUUAUAGUCUUUGUCCUUUAUUCUUAGCAUGUUUUUUUUUUUUAAAAAAAAAAUGUUAUAUUAUGCAACAGAUGUGAGAGGCAGCAGCUAAGCUACUUAAGAAUUUUCUAUCUCGUCCUCCAAACCAAAGUGUCCUGAAUGAGCCAGGAGACUUAUUCUUUUGUGCAUCAUGGUGCACGUUUGACUGUUGUCCUAGCCAUAGUUUCUGGGGCUGCCGACAUAGCAAUGGCCCUAUCGAUUUCAUUCCUAGGUCUCGAAAAAAUUCAGUGUUGCCUUGUUAACAUGAUUAGAGACAGCACCUCUAUUUCACAAUUAUAGUCUAAGAAAGAAUAAGAAAACUCCGGAGCAAUAAACUUACAAGUAAGAUCCAAUACCAAAAUAAACACACAAAGAAAUUUUAAAAACAAAACAAAACAAAAAAAAAAAAACCUAUCUUGUCAUUGUUGUGAAAAUAAAAAAGUGUAUGUCCAUUCAAAAUAUUUUACUAUUUCUUGUGGAGUUUUUCGGUGAUGUAAUGCUUGUAGCCAAAUUACUUAAAGAAUGUUUAUAUAUUUUUUUCCUUAUAAAUUGUCUAUUUUUUGAAGAAAAGAAAAACCUAUUUAAGUGCAAGCUGUAGAGGGGGGGAAAAGCCAAAUUGCCAGCAUUUGUUAAAAGAUUAAUAUUCUGAAAGUGGCACUGUGAUACCUUUCCAAGCUUAUUAUCAGAAAGGAAUCAAUAAUUAUCAACUGCUCUAUUUAAACCAACUUACAAUAUCUAGCUCAUUAGACAUCAGGAUCUAGAAAGCUCUUCCUAAGCUACUUAAGGUUUUCUUACACUAAGCUUUAUAUGAUAGAACUUUAUAGAAUUUUUUAAAAAAAUAAUUUAAGUUGGCCUCAGGACUGAGAAAUGUGGGACCUGAAUAAAUUAGCUUUAAAUACAUCAUUAAAAUCUUCCGCACAACAAGCUUAUUAGAUUCUAGUUGGCUCCUUUGGAACGCCAGUGCUCCUACACGGCAGGACACACUGGAAGGUAUCAGCAGUGCCCAAGGACAGUGGGCUUAUGAGAAAGGACCCUUCCCAACCAGACAGCCAGUAGACAAGAAGACCUGCUCACCUCCUCUCCUUCUAACCUCUGCUAACCCCAUCCACCUCCCAGAGAGAGGAAGCUGCCUACCACCAUUGUUUUGGAAAAAAAUAUAAGCUUGAAAUAUCCUCCCUGGUGAGGACAUGAGGUUGGAGAUCUUCUGAAAAGACCAGAAAAAAAAAAAAAAAAGGCUCCGUUCAAACACAAUGUUCUAGGACAAUGGAAAUAGAAAUAUUGUCCAAAAUUAUAAUUUAAAGAAAAAAAAAAGUUUAGCACUGUGUAAAGUAAGUGUUGACUGAGGAAGUCCCCCCCCACACACACAAAAAAAAAAAAAAAAAAAAGGUGC